UCCUGAGAGCAACUAUGGCAAAGGCUAUGGACUCAGAAGGAGAGCAGGUGGUGCCUGACGAAGAAGGCCCAGACGUGAAAGCUGUUCAAGCCCACUAUCUUCGCAGUCCCUCUCCCAGCCGAUACUCGGUGAUAUCAGACACAGACACUGAGAGCAUCUUCAUGGAGCCCAUUCAUCUGUCAUCUGCUGUGGCUGCCAAACAGAUCAUCAAUGAAGAGCUGAAGACAAAGGAGGUGAAAGUAGACUCAGGUUGCCCAGGGAUGCUGGAAUCUGCAGAACAGCUACUGGUGGAAGAUCUAUACAAUCGGGUCAAGGAAAAGAUAGAUGACACUAGUUUGUUCAACACACCAUGUGUCAUGGACUUGCAGAGGGCACUUGUGAAGGACCGGCUUGAGGCCCCACGGGAUGCCAUUGAUGAGGUCUGGCCAAAUGUCUUCAUCGCAGAAAAGAGUGUUGCAGUGAAUAAAGGUCGCCUGAAGAGACUAGGAAUUACACAUGUUCUUAAUGCAGCUCAUGGGACUGGCGUAUAUACAGGACCAGACUUCUACAAUGGCAUGGAUAUCCAGUACUUAGGGAUUGAGGUGGACGAUUUCCCAGAUAUGGACAUCUCUAAACAUUUCCGACAGGCGGCAGAGUUCCUUGAUGAAGCACUACUAACCUAUAGAGGAAAAGUGUUGGUCAGCAGUGAAAUGGGAGUCAGUCGCUCAGCAGUGCUGGUAGCCUCUUAUCUGAUGAUCUUCCAUCACAUGACCAUCUUGGAAGCCUUGAUGACUAUACGAAAAAAACGGGCCAUUUAUCCCAAUGAUGGCUUUCUGAAACAGCUGCGGGAACUCAAUGAAAAAUUGCUGGCAGAACGGCAAGAGGAAGAUGCAGAAUAUUCUGCUGAUGAUGAAACAGGCAGUCAGAUUUCUGUUGUUAGAGCUGGAAGUUGUUCCCUGUUGUCUGGCCUAGAAGAUACUAGGAGUAUCACAGGAGCCAAAGUCCACUCUAUCAUGGUAGAGGAAGAAGACACAACAAGCCUCCUGGGAAGUGUUAUGAGCGCUUCAUCUAUGGCAAAAUCUAGUGUAGCUUCUAAACAGCCAACUCUUAUCAGUGAGGAGGAAGAGGAACAGCUUUAUGAAGAAUGGAGGAAGAAGCAAGGCUUGCCUGCAAAGGAACUUUCAAGCAAGGAUGGAGAGAGUAAAUCUUCACACCUUGCAUUCCAGGUGCAAGAGGAAUCUGAAGAGGACAUGGAUCGGAUGAUCCAGGAGUGGCAAUGCAAAAAUGAGAAGUACCAAAUGGAAACCUACCUGUUUCCCAAAGAGGAGGAUGGUGACUCUACCAUGGAAGGAAGACCAUAUCCUGUAGGUGACGUAAGUGAUACUGAAAGUUUAAGCAGCCAGGAGAUCAGGAUCUUGAAACAACAGCUGGAAGCAAGUAGUGUCAACAGAAUGAGGAGAGGACGCACAGACUCCAUGUCUACAGAAAGCAGCUGGGAUAUGUGGAAUGAGAGGAUGAUGGUGAUAGAGAAGGAAGCUGCUCAAAGAUAUUGUUCCAGAGCUAGGCGUGGUAAUGAGAAUCUGAACCUUGAAAGAGGAACAAAGGAAAGGGAUAUAGAUGAGGAAAGUGUAUCUGAUACUAGCUCUUUUUAUAAUUUCUGUCAAAAGAACAAAGACAAACUAACUGCUUUAGAAAGAUGGAAGAUCAAGAGAAUCUACUUCGGCUUUCACAAGAGAGAUUCAGAAGCCUCUGAGCAAUCCAAGGCUGAAAAUGGCAACCAGCAAAAUAAAGAGGCUACGGAAGAGGAGAAGAACUUAUCAGAUAUCAAUCUAACGGCUUACCAAGCCUGGAAGACAAGACACCAGAGGAAGGUAGGCAAUGAGAAUAAAGACGACAUUGUGGAGCUGAUUAAAGUUGAAGACUCUGCUUCUGCUAGGAGAAAGCAGAGACGAAUGGAGGUACUUGAACGCUCCAAAAAAGUUCUGGAAGAAAGUCAGUCUCUUUGCAGCUGGGAAGAAGAAAGUGCUAUGAGUGGAAGUAUCCCAUUAUCAGCUUUUGGGCCAUCAGUAGUUUCUGUGAAUGGUACAGAGGACUCUGCCUCAGCUUUAAGCAGGCAGACCAAUCGAUCUUCUUUUUCUCAGGCUAGAAGCAGCAGUGGGGCCCUGCCAAGUCCUACAGUAGCAACGGGUGUGCCCAACCUCCUAGUUGGCCCAGACAAUUCAAUAUCAAUGGCCAGCAUUCAAAACUGGAUUGCCAAUGUAGUUAGUGAAACUAUUGCUCAGAAACAAAAUGAGAUCCUGAUAUUGUCCCGCCCACCGUCAGUAGCAGCUUCCAGUGUGAUGUCAGGAGAUCAUUGUAGACAUCUGGACAAUGAUAAGACUUCUCUGCUGAGUGCACCGAGCAGUUCCCUGCAUCACCAGCAGGGCUCCCAAUAUUCAGAUUCCCAGUCCAUCCUAUCCUGUAACACCUCCAUGAGUGGAACGACCGGAGGGUCCCGCUCAAGCAGGAGAGUGACACAGACAAGUAAACCUCUGUAUAGCCUCUUUGCUGAUGAGAUUGACCUGAAGAAGCUUAGCAGGAAGGAAAGGGAGAUGCAGAUGGAGAUGAGAGAGAAAAUGUCGGAUUACCAGACUGAAAAGCUUAUCAAUGACAAUAAACGUAGCACUUUAUUUAAGAAGAAGAAGGUCAAGGAAGACGAUGAGGAUCUGAAGACAGAAAAUGAUACUGAAAACCCAAUAGGUGGUAUGAGGUACCCACUGCAAGCAGGUCUUGACAGGAGUGACACCAUUUCUGCUCUCUCAGGCCAGUUUGCCUGUGCUGGUGCUAUAAGAUCAGAGGUAGAGAAUAAUGUGAACAAGUGGCUCAAGGGUCUGAAGGCAGAAGAAAAGUCUUCCUAUCAGGACUGCACUGACAAUAGUAGACCUAAACAUGCCAGAUCAUCCACAUUUAAAGAGGUGGAUAGUGAAGAUUCUAGUUAUAGAUAUUGCAGGUCCCAAAAAGAAGAAAUGGAUCACUCCUCAACUUACCAGUGCAGAGAUAACUUGCAGAGAACUUCAUCACAAUUUGCCUCUGCUCAAGAAGACAGAGAGGCAUACAAGUUUACUCGGUCAAAAAUCAGCGAGACAAGUUCCAGAGAAGAAAGUCCAGAGCCCUAUUUGGUCAGAACCCCAGAACCAUCAGAAUCCCAUGAAACAACCGCACACAGUCGAAUCAGAUCACAUAACGUCGAAGAGUGUGAGGAAGAGGCUGGUUCAGAUGUGUCUGAAUUUGGAGCCAAGAGAAAGUUCACUCAGAGCUUUGCAAAACCUGAAGGGAAUGGAGAGAAAGAAGAAAAGGUGGAAGAAAGGAAAGAGUGUUUUGCCUCAAGGUAUUCCUUCAGACACAGGCAAAGCACUCGAAAAGAGGAAGAAGAGGAAAUGGAUGAUGAUGCCAUCAUUGAUGCGUGGAGAAGUCGACAAGAAGAAACUAAAGCCAAACUCCGGCGCAGGAGAGAUGAAUGAUUGGGAGCAAUG